AUGGAAAUUGUCUCAGUGGUUCUUUUGGCAACGCUGCUGCCAACAUGUCUGCUAAUUCUAAUGUUGGGCUCUCUCGCGAUAUAUCUUUUUCUCCGGCUUCGCCAGUCUCGAGAUGAGUGCCGUACCCUUUCCACGAACCCCCCAGCACCAGCACCAGCAUCGGCCCCGACACCAGCACCAGUACCACUAACAGCGGAAACUCGAUACAGAAGACCAGAUACAAGACAGAGGUUCCUAGAACACCAAAUGGGCUUCUCUGAAUUUUCUCCUUUUGAUUCUCCUAACCCGACGUCCGAUUUCUGGGAAAUGCAGGCUUUUGGUGGAUGGAUUUCUGUCGAGGUGGACCAUAGCGACUCAGCAGGGGAUAGUGAGGAUCGUAUUAGUCCUAUCCUUGAGCGUCUAGGAUACAAAAGUCUCCCAGUAACGAUUAUUUGUCGUUUACUUGAAAACCACAACACCCGAGAACAUGUACUUGAACAUCUUUUCUAUGAUGUUGCGUUCAACAGGACAUCUCUGGAUGGCGAUCCCCAGUUUAGUAUACUCCCUUUCACGCCUCAGGAGCACCUGGACUUGAGGGCAUCCUUUGAAACACUCAAAGGGAUGCAACUGUCGCCAUCGGUUGCAUCUGCCCUAGGAAAGAGCAUUCUUGAUUUGGCAUCAAAAGACAAAUGGCCAAAUGAUAACCUAGACUCGAUUAGCAAUGCGUUCUGGAAGCUCACUCGACACUACAGUGGUGGAAGUAUAGAGCAGAAGUACCGUAUCAGGCACGAUGGUCUUCUGGAGGAGUUCACUACUUGGUUAUGCGGUCGCCUCCGGUUCAUGGCACAGUUCCAGCAGGUUGAGCUCCGAUGGCUGGAAUGCUCUUCGGGAGAGAGCUUGCCAACUUCCUUUCCGCUACUCCCGGAACUAUGUACUUUUGUGGGCGACGAUGGGGAGGUCCUCAAGGAACCGAAGGUUUUGGUUCGGGGCAAGACAAUUUCUAUUCUCGAGGAUGGCUCGAUAGAAAACGGGUACUUCCCUGAGAAACAUUAG